AACAUGGCGUCUUCACUCAAAUAACCUCGAGCGACUAGGCAGUAAAGUCGACUUUCAUGAACUAUAGAAGUUUAUGGUUGAUGAAGAAGUGAUAUUUGCUAACGCCCUCAGCAGAGAAUAAGAGCCAUCAAGCCCCGAAUCCUACUCGUCUCAUAAGCUCUAGGCGAGAGAGUCGGCUAGGUAUUAAUUUCCAAGUCAUGGCCCGAGCAAGGGCUGAUACAGGGAACUUUCCCAAGGAGCCUCAUUCUGUAUCAUUAAAGGUUCUAAGGCUCUCACGACCAUCAUUGGUCCAAAAGCACCCGCUGCCACGAGAAAUCGAUACCAAAAUACCUCAUAUAGCCUCGUUGGCUUAUCCAAGUGAGGCCACCGACCAAGAGUUCAUCCUUUCCAGUAAUCUCGGGUUGCCGCCGUCUUUCGGCGCCGCCCACGUCGGAGAGACGUUCUCAUGUGCAUUAUGUGCCAACAACGAACUCUUGCCAGGAAAGGCCUUCAAAUCGGUCUCCGGCACCAGGAUCUUGGCGGAAAUGCAGACCCCAUCGCAAGCCAUACCGUUGGAACUGUAUGCUGCUGACGCAGACGAGGAGCAAACCGGACCCGGUAGUUCUGUUCAAUCAAUUAUUCGGUUCGACCUGAAGGAAGAAGGUAAUCAUGUCCUUGCCGUAAAUGUCACCUAUACCGAAACGACGACAGGUGAUGGACAAGCCACCAGUGGGAAGGUACGAUCUUUUCGAAAGUUGUACCAAUUUGUGGCUCAACCUUGCCUGAAUGUACGGACCAAAGCCACGGAAUUGGCUGCAGUAGAAGUUCCUGAUAAGACUCAUGGCCCGUAUGGCAGAGCAACUCUGGUUCGGUAUGUUUUGGAAGCUCAAUUAGAGAAUGUCUCCGAUGCUUCCCUCGUGCUCGAAGCGGCCAGACUUCUGGCAAAGGCGCCGUUCAAGGCUAUUUCGCUCAACUGGGAUGCUGAAAAGGAGAGUGGUGUUGUUGUACAAAAUCCUAUCCUCAAGACUCGGGAUGUAAUUCAGGUUGCAUUUCUGAUAGAGCAGGAGCAAGGUGUUUCCGACGGCGUGGAGGAGCUCAAGAACAGUAUGAGGAAGGAUGGCAGGGCAGUCCUCGGUCAGCUUGCGAUACAAUGGCGAAGCUCGAUGGGCGAGCGAGGCUCUCUGAGUACAGGCAAUCUCCUGACAAGACGGAGAGCACCCUGAUGGCCCUAUUCGAUUGUGGGUCCAGAUUUGUGCACGAACUCCGGCUCAAGGCGCAUGCAUGCCUAAUCCAUUCAUCCUCCCAGUCAAAGUGGUUGCUCUCGUUUUCUUG